GCUUUUUCUGAUGGGAGCCGCUGAUUCAGGUUGCCAGAGGGAGGAGUCCCAGGCCCUGGCUAGCGCUAAAGUGAGGAUUCCAAGAAAGGGCGGAGGGGAGCUCUUACCCUUUAGUGGGUGCCCAAGCCUUCCCCCCACCUUUUGUUUGCUCGGAAGGCUCCUCGAGGGCAGGGCCCCAGACGUGGUGUAUCUUGGGAGUCUGAGGGACGAGAAGCUUUCUCUGACAGUAGCGGAUUCCGGACUCCGGUUGUCAGAGGGAUGUGUCCCAGGUUCCGGCAGGCAUUAAGGUGAAGAUCCAGAAUAAGGAUUGAGGGAGACAUAACUCCUCACUCCUACCUUGCCCAUUGUGUGCCUUAAAAGCCCCACACAGAGCAUCAGAUGUGGUAUAUCCAGCCCUCCAUCUUGGGAGUCUGAGGGAAUGAGGCAUUUUUUUGAGGGGCGUGAAUUCAAGCCACUCCUCAGACGAGUCGCAGGCUCUGCUGGGCCUGAAGAUGAAGAGCCUUGUGGCGGGCUUAGGGGACCUCCCUCCAGACAAAAGGAGCACACGGGUACCCUUCCCUGUUGUCAGCCUAGGGAGGCCCCGGGCAGGGCAGUUAGAUGGAAGCGGCUCGCCCAAUUCUUGGUACUUCUUUGCGACUGGUUUCUGGGAGAUGGGAGCCUUGGCCUGAGGGUCAUUCCCAGUCCAGUUGGUUGUCAUCAUCUACCUCCUGCCCACACUCCUGCCUGCUGCCCCCAACACAAGUCAACAUGCCUCACAGUAAGAAGAGUCAGUGCUGCAAGCUUGAAGCAAGCCAUGAGGCCCAAAGAAGGGCUCAGAACCCAGUGGAUGCACAGGUUCCUGUAACAGAGAAGGAAACUAUCACCUCCUCUCUCUCCCCUUUGAUCCAGGGCACCCCAAAGGUGGUGCCGGCUGCUGGAAAACCAAGUGUUUGCCAGAGUUCUCAGGGAGUCUGCUCCUCCCCCUCCACCAUCAAAGGUGCUCCAUUGAGCAAGCCAAAUGAGGGCUCCAGCAGUCACAAAGAGGGUCCAAGCACCUCCCAGGCUCCACCAGAUCCUGAUUCCUUGCUCAGUGAAGUGCUAAAUCAGAAAGUGGCUGAAUUGGUGCAGUUCCUGAGUGUCAAGUAUGUAACAAAGAAGCCCACCAUGGCGGCAGAAAUGCUGCAGAGUGUCAUCCGAGAGCACAAGGGCCAUUUCCCUGUGAUCUUCAAGAAAGCCUGUGAGUGCAUGGAGGUUGUCUUUGGCAUUGAAGUGAAGGAAGUAGACCCCGUCAAUCACUCCUAUGAGCUUGUCAAGAUCCUCAACCUUACCUACGAUGGGAUGCUGAGUAAUGAGCAGGGCAUGCCCAAGACCGGCCUCCUGAUCCUUAUCCUGGGCGUGAUCUUCAUGGAAGGCAAUUGUGCCCCUGAGGAGAAGAUCUGGGAUAUGCUGAAUAAGAUCGGGGUGUUUGCCGGCAAGAAGGAUUUCAUCUAUGGGGAGCCCAGGAAGCUCAUCACCAAAGAUUUAGUGCAGGAGAAGUACCUGGAGUACCGGCAGGUGCCCAACAGUGACCUUCCACGCUACGAAUUCCUGUGGGGUCCCAGGGCCCACGCCGAAACCAGCAAGAUGCAAGUCUUGCAGUUUUUGGCCAAGGUCAGUGGCACUGCCCCUACUUCCUUCUCAUCCUGGUAUGAGGAAGCUAUGAGAGAUGAGAGAGCACGAGCCGAGGCCAGAGUUGCUGCUACGGAUGAUACUACUGCCAUGGCCAGAGAAAGUUCCAGUGUCCCAUCUGGCAGCUUCUCUUGCCCUAAGUGAAGUCUGAGGAAGAUUCUCCACUAUGUGUUUGAAGAGGGCAAUCAAGGUUCUAAAUAGUGGAGGGCUGAAUUGCAGAUUUUAUCUUUUUAUCUUUUUGAUAUUUUUCAAAUGUUCUUUCUUCUAAAAGGUUUUUGAGCUUCAGACACUAGGCCCAUGAAUGAUACUGGUCACAUGUUUAUUGCCGUUUUCAGGUUUAAGAAUAAGAAUUUUGCUCUUCUGGAAAACAUAUUGGGAAACUUUUAUUUUCUGAUAUGGAGUAAGAUAGCAUAGCAUUGAUAGCAGAAUUUCCUUAGAAAUAUGCAAGAGCCCAGCAAUAAAAUAGAUGGACUCAAGAAAUAGAGGGGAAAAUGGAAAAGAUGGUUAUCCUAGGAUUCCUGUAACCCAUUUAGUCUGUUGGUUAGUGAAAUUAAAGAUCUGUACUUGGAUUUGUUUGGCUAAAGAAUGCAUGAGAAAUUAAAUCUU